GUUGCAGUCCAAUAACAUUUGUUGGUUCCCUCAAAACAAAAACAAAAAAUCAUUUCUUGGUGCUGAGUGCAAGUUUUCAAUUCACCAUGAAUUAACAAACCAGAACCUUCCUCUCCUCCUCUACCACCAGCACCACCACCCCCACAACCGCCACCUCUCUUGGAUCCAAUGUUACGAUUCCUAACAAAGAUCUCCUCAUAAAACUCAACCUCACCAUACUCACUCACUCCCAACAAAACUCUACGAUGCGAAGCUCAACACCCAACAAAGCAACUCCUUGCACCCGCACCCACCAGAUUGGCGCUUUAGUCCUUGUAACAACCACCUUCUUCCUCACUCGUCUCUUUGACCAAACUCUCUCUCCUCCUUGUUCUGAGCUUUACUCCUCUGCUUCGCACCCCACUUCACUCUCUUCCAUAAGCUUUCAUCCAUUCUCCUGGCCUGAUUUGGGAUAUGGGUCCCACCUUAAUCUUAAGAUAUACGUCUAUGAUGAGAAUGAGGUUGAUGGGUUGAAGGAUUUGAUGUAUGGUCGUGAUGGUAAUAUCUCUCCUGAUGCUUGUAUUAAAGGCCAGUGGGGCACUCAGGUCAAAAUACAUAAAUUGCUUUUGAAGUCUAAAUUUCGGACCAUGAAUAAAGAGGAGGCCGACCUUUUCUUCGUUCCAGCUUAUGCGAAAUGUGUUCGGAUGAUGGGAGGUCUAAAUGACAAGGAAAUUAACCAGACUUAUGUUAAGGUGCUAAGUCAGAUGCCAUACUUCAGACUCUCUGGUGGUCGUAACCAUAUAUUUGUCUUUCCAAGUGGUGCCGGUGCUCAUUUGUUCAAGUCUUGGGCUACAUACAUGAAUCGGUCAAUUAUACUUACUCCUGAGGGUGAUCGUACUGAUAAGCGAGAUACGAGUGCCUUUAACACGUGGAAAGAUAUAAUCAUCCCUGGGAAUGUUGAUGAUGGGAUGACAAGAGGAGGAGCUACUCUAGUCCAGCCUUUGCCGCUGUCAAGGAGGAAGUACUUGGCAAACUUUUUAGGUAGGGCACAAGGGAAGAUUGGCCGUCUUCAGUUAAUUGAGCUUGCGAAGAAACACCCUGAUAAGUUGGAAUCUCCAGAGUUGAAGUUGAGUGGCCCUGACAAACUAGGAAGAAAAGAAUACUUUGAGCAUCUCCGCAAUGCAAAAUUCUGCCUAGCGCCUCGUGGAGAAUCUUCGUGGACCCUUCGCUUCUACGAGUCCUUUUUUGUGGAAUGUGUGCCUGUGGUGCUGUCAGAUCAAGUAGAGUUGCCUUUUCAGAAUGUCGUGGACUAUACCCAGAUAUCAAUUAAGUGGCCAUCAACUAGAAUAGGCCCCCAACUCCUGGAAUAUUUGGAAUCAAUACCAGAUGAGGAGAUAGAGAAUAUGAUAGCUCGUGGCCGACUGGUGAGAUGUUUAUGGGCCUACGCUCCAGAAUCAGAGCCAUGUUCUGCAAUUAAUGGAGUUCUUUGGGAACUCCAACGGAAAGUUCGACAUUUUCAGCAGUCAGCUCAAACAUUUUGGUUGCACAACAGAACCGUUGUAAACAGAGAUUUAGUACCAUUUUCCCAUUGGAAACCACCUAUGCCUUUGCCUUGAUAUCAUUGAGUGGUGGAAAAUUUUGGGGCCUGAGAGUACUUCUCGUAGGAAGAAAGGAUGACGCUGCAAAUGUAAUUUGAUGUAAUCUAUAGCAUGUGUAGUAAUGGUGAUAUUGGUUAAAAACUGCGAAGUGCCAACUUUUUCUACUUUUUAUGUGCAGUCAUACUAGAAGUUACCAUGUUAUCAAAGGUUAGACUUGGAAUGAGAAAUCUGUUAGAUUUUCACAUGCUGUUUAGCAUUGGCUCUCAAGGGCUAUAGUUUUUUUUUUUUUUUUUUUUUGAGGGGGAAGGGCUAUAGUUUUUAAAAGUGAAGUUAUGUUGAAUUACGCUCAAUACAAUUCUUUUGUUAAUUUUUUUAUGUUUUUGAAUGGCAAAUUUAUUUGUCGACUUCAA